AUGUCUGAUACUGAAGGUGAUGCCCCAGCACCUGCUCCUGCAGCUUUGGCUGCAGAUGUAGGAUCCAUGGAUCUCUACCAAGCUCUUCAAGAAGUCCUGAAAACAGCCCUCAUCCAUGAUGGACUCUGCAGGGGUGUGAAGGAAGCCACUAAAGCUCUUGACAAACGUCAAGCCCAUCUGUGUGUGUUGGCAAACAGUGUUGAUGAGCCCUUGUAUGUCAAGUUGAUUGAGGCCUUGUGUGCUGAGCAUGGAAUCAACUUGCUUAAGGUUGAUGAUGCCAAAAAACUCGGAGAAUGGGCUGGUCUGUGUAAACUAGACAAGGAAGGUAAAGCCAGAAAAGUCAACGCUUGUGGGGUUGUUGUCGUCAAGGACUAUGGCAUGGAAACUCCAGCUCUUGAUGUUGUCAGAGAUUAUUUCAAGUCCAAGUGA